GGGGACAGGCGUCAGUUCAGAGCCUCCUUGUGUUUAACAGGGGGCUUUACACACCAUGGGAAGUACAGUGUUUUUGGUGCUCUCGCUCGGGGUGGCACUCGCUGCGACCGCCGCUGUUCCGUUGAACGACGCCGACAGUCCUACCGUAGUAUCAACAGAUAGAUUAUCGCCCAUCGCAUCUUUGAAAGCUCCAAAAGAGAGUUCUUCUGCCACAAUGUCGACCGGCAGCUCACAGCCGGCCACAGGAGAUGUCUCUGAAGUGGAGCCAGCGGACCUCGGAGUCCUCGUGCGACCAAAGAGAAACUUCUACGGGAGAGGCGAUCCUUGGGGGAGAGACAGGAUUUUCGGACGUAACCGCCAGCGCAGCAGAAUAAAUCGCGCGAAGUACAACCGUGGCAAAAUGAGGUAUUUCUUUCAGAGAAAGAAAACCUCGAAUAACUACGGUCCCAACUAUGGUACUGAAAACUUCUCCCCGAAAUCCUCAAACACAGGUUAUGUCGCCAGGACCGUCGUCAGUGCGCCUCCGUCCGAACCUCGCAGGCCCACCGGAGGAUUUGUCUCAGCUAGGUCGUCAGGAGUUGCCAGAGUGGAGCAGACCGGCUAAACCAGAUUUGAAUUGGCAAGGUUUUCAUGAUAUAUGCAAUGACUAGUGGGAGUUAUGGGAGUUUUAUUUCAUAACAUUUCUCAUAGGCAUUCUCAGAGAACCGAUUAAAAUUGGAUCUACAUACAAACCUGAUUCAAAUAGUUCCUUAUACCUACAUUCUCAGAAGGUUACUUAAGAUGUAUAGACAAAUAUUUUCAUACAUUAUAAGUAUCGCUGAUAGUAUUUACGUACUUUUGCAAUUUUAUACACUUUUAUACAUUUUAGAGCAUAUUUUUCCAAGUCUUUUAUAAAGAGGAUUCAUUACAUCCUUGUUAUAACACUGCAGUGUUAUAUACUUAAAUACAUUUCCAGGCCUGUGAAAUGCAAUAAUUUUGUUAGGUUAUGAAGCAAAUAAACAGUAAAAACAAUAAGA